CGGAGCCUUUGUUCAACAAGGUGGGGACAGUGUGGUCAGUUCUCUGGCUCUCAGGAUCGUCAUGGGCAGCUGGUGUCUCUUCACGCUCAUUGUGUGUUCAUCGUACACGGCUAAUCUGGCAGCUUACCUCACUGUGUCACGCAUGGACCACGCUAUAUGGACAUUCCAGGACUUGGCACGGCAGAUUAACGUGGACUACGGGACGGUGCGAGACUCAGCCGUCUAUGACUACUUCAGGAACAAAGGCACCAACCCUCUGGAACAGGACUCCACCUACGCUGAGCUCUGGAGAACCAUCAGCAAGAACCACGGACUGGACUACUGUGUGUCCAGUCCUUCAGAGGGAAUACGCAAGGCUAAGAAGAGUGCAUAUGCGUUCCUGUGGGACAUGUCAGUGUUAGAAUACGCUGCUCUGACAGACGACGACUGCACCAUCACUGUGUCAGGAAACAGCAUGAGCAGCAAAGGCUACGGCAUCGCCAUGCAACAUGGAAGUCCUUACAGAGACCUGUUCUCCCAGAGGAUCCUGGAGCUCCAGGACAAAGGAGACCUGGACAUCAUGAAGCAGAAGUGGUGGCCUCGCACCGGUCGCUGUAAUCUCAACACUCACGCCGGCUCCAGUCCCGACGGCCGCUCCCUGCGCCUGCACAGCUUCGCGGGCGUCUUCUGCAUCCUGGCCACCGGGCUGCUGCUGGCGUGCCUGGUGGCGGCACUGGAGGCGUGGUGGAGCAGCAACCGCUGCCGGCAGGAGCAGCCCAAAGAGGUGACUGAGGUCAGGGCGCGGCGGCCGGGCCGCUGGGGGGAGGACACUGCCACGCUCUACUUUAAGGAUCCAAACGCUGAUGUCAGCCCCGACUUAGUGGAGCUGCAGUACACGCAGCUGUAGACAGGGGGAGCUGUAGGAGAGGCAGGGCAGACAGGA